AUGUUGAAUACUACUGAAACAAAGAUAACAAAUUUUUUCAUCUUAGGAUUUCCAGGACUUUCACCAGAGUAUUAUGGGCCUGUAUCAGCUCUGCUAUUUCUAUUUUACUUGGCAAUAACUGUGGGAAACAUUUUUAUUUUACUAUUUGUAAUAUGUGAACAGUCACUUCAAAAACCAUCUUAUUACAUCUUUUGCCAUUUGGCAUUAACUGACUUAUUAUUUGGAAAUGUAACUCUGCCAAAAGCUAUAUCAAAAUACUGGUUUAAUGACAGUGUUAUCUCAUUUUACAGUUGUCUCAUCCAAAUGUUCUUUGUUCAUUUAAUCGGUGCAGCUCAUUCUUUUAUUCUGAUGGUGAUGGCUCUUGACCGUUUUAUAGCAAUUUGCACUCCAUUGCAUUAUAAUUCACUGUUUAGUAAUAAAACUGUUUCUGUGCUUUGUGGAAUAUCGUGGCUUGUGCCAACAACGUUUAUGGUUGGCAAUAUGUUUUACAUUUUGAAAAUACCUUUUUGCAAUUCAAAUAUAAUUGUCCAGUGCUACUGUGACCACAUGUCAAUAUCAAAUCUCGGAUGUGACCUUGUACGAGAAGUUAAGACUGUUGCAUUGAUUCUUGCCAUGAUUAGUUUGUUGUUGCCGCUGGGAUUUAUCAUUUUAUCUUAUAUUGUCAUAAUCACUGUUGUUUUAAGAAUGUCUUCCAGUGGAGGCUGCAUAAAGACUCUGUCUACCUGCACACCACAGCUUGUCAUCACAGGUCUGUACUAUUUGCCAAGAUGCUUUUACUACUUGGCAAAUUUUGUGGGAUACACUUUUAGUGUUCCUGUUCAAAUUGUUAUAGUAAUGUUGUACAGUCAUAUACCUUCAGCUGUAAAUCCACUAAUAUACUGUUUCCAAACAAAGGACAUCAAAGAAAAAAUAAAAAAGAAGUUUUCCUCGUGGAAAAUCCAUAACACCACAAAAACUGUGUAGGGCAAAGAAUGGCACCAAGUCAUAAGAUUGUUACAAUCAUUGUUUAUUUUUUUUCUCCAGUCGAGCGAGAUUUCUAAAGUGGGUCUGUUGACACUAUUUUUUAUUUUAAAAAAACAUCAGACUGUAAGUCAGAUCUAAAGUUGAUUUUUGUUUUCUUUUUAAAUAAAUAAAAAUCAAGUAAUUGAGCAAAGUAAAUAAUGUGUUUCAAUGGAAGGCUGAACUAAAGUGGUUAUAAGAAUGCACAUACACCCAUAUUGUUAAAUUUAGCAAAUAAAUACCUGUGUGCAUGCAUCAUCUGCCACCACCACCUGUUUUAAAUAAAACUCUUAAAAGUAAUGCUGCUCUUUGUUCGGCUGAAUUAUCGGAUUCAACAUGCUCGUGAUCAAUACAAGGGGAUUACGCAAAAAAUUGUAACAUGAUGUUAAAUGCUCAGUUGAUGGUGAGGACUUUAAUAGAGAUUAUUAGUGUUUUAUAUAUUUUAUUCUCUUCAACUUGUUUAUAUUCAUUAAGCUAUUUCUGUUUUGUUAUAUUUGAUAACUAUGUCCAAGUUUAAUGUGUGAGAAACCCCCAAUUUUGUUUAUUCAGUCGGUAUUUUAUACAGGUAGCACAAUAAGCUGUAAAAUAUAAUGAUGUGCCUCUUUUAAAAUUUUGAAUGUUGUAAAAAAAAAUUGCCCUUCAUUUUAUGGAAAUACACUCUUGAUACAAGAGAAAACUAGGGUUUUUAAGAAAAUGGCUGCUUAUCAGUUAAUUGUUAGACAAUUGAUAGGAUCAAUAAAAUUUAGAUUAAUUUAUUUAUUGAUAACUUGCAUCCCUAGUAUCUGUCUAUCUAUCUGUCUCUCGGUCUUUGUGUUACCUAUUGGGAAAAUUAACACACAACAGAUUUUAAGAAGAAUUAAAAAAAGAAAACAAAGUGUAAAAAUGUAAAAAUGCAG